AUGGCAAAGCUUCUGAUCUUGAUCCUGAUGGCCUGCACAUCAGGUGCCCUCGCCAAACCGCCGAGAGCGAUAAAGGGCGGCGAUUUGGCUGCCGAGGGUGAAUUCCCCUGGCAAGCUUCUCUCCAAAAAUUUGGCAGACACCUGUGCGGAGGAAGCAUUAUCGACAAAAGUCACAUUCUCACAGCAGCUCACUGCGUCCUGACCAGGAAUUUGCACUCAGAGACUGGUCUAACGAUCCUGGUGGGCACCAACAAUAAGGAUCAACGAUCAUCAAACAUCUUCAGGGUUAAGCGUAUUCAAGCACAUGAGAAGUACAUAGGAAAGGCGCCUUACCGAUACGACAUAGCUGUCAUCACGUUGACGACGCCAAUUGAAUUCAAUAGACUUCAACGGGUGAUAGAUUUACCUACGAGAGACGCGGAUGUUGGCGAGGAAGGUACUAUCAGCGGCUGGGGUGUCACCGACUACCCCUCUCGGCAGUCCGGCAGUCCAGCACAGCUGAUGAAGAUGAAGAAGAAGGUUGUCAGCAACGCUAGCUGCAAUCAGCAACACCGCAGCAUGAUCCACCCUGAGCAUCUUUGCGCCUUUUCUCGAAACGGACAAGGGGUUUGCCACGGCGAUAGCGGUAGCGGUCUCGUCGUCAACGGCAAAAUCGUUGGCAUCGCUUCCUGGGUGAGACCUUGUGGUGUCGGAUAUCCAGACGUCUACACCAGAGUCUACUCCUAUAGAGCGUGGAUCGCGCAGAAAAUCGCUGAUGAUCCAUGA